GGCACCACGGGUAGGGAGAGGAAGGCAAUGCUGGUUUCACCGAGUCGCAGGCCUAAGGCCGGAGCUGCCCGCGCAGGGGGGUGGUGGUCUGCGGAGAGAGAGGCCAGAGGCUGACAGGAAGUUAGGUUAAGCUGGAGGGACUCUGACAGAAGAAAAGGAAAGACAGCUGGAAAUUCUCUGGAGAGCGGAUUGGAGUGGGAAAGUACUCUGAAGGUGGAGGCCGGAGGAUCAAAAGUUCAAGGUCAUCUUCAGUCUGAGAUAAAGUUGUCUCAAGGCAAAAGCAACAACAAUCAAAGAAGCCCUGUCCAGAUGGGAAGAAAAGACUGGUCAGAAGCCAUCUGAUGCCAAAGAAAUAAAGUUGUAUGCCCAGAUUCCCCCCAUAGAGAAGAUGGACGCAUCUCUAUCCACACUUGGUAACUGCGAGAAGCUUUCCCUGUCUACAAACUGCAUUGAAAAAAUUGCCAACCUAAAUGGCCUAAAAAACUUGAGGAUUUUGUCCUUAGGAAGAAACAACAUAAAGAACCUCAAUGGACUGGAAGCAGUAGGAGACACACUAGAAGAACUGUGGAUCUCUUACAAUUUUAUUGAGAAGUUGAAAGGGAUCCAUGUAAUGAAGAAGCUGAAGAUUCUCUACAUGUCUAACAACCUGGUAAAGGACUGGGCUGAGUUCCUGAAGCUGGCAGACCUGCCGUGCCUGGAGGACCUGGUGUUCGUGGGCAAUCCCCUGGAGGAGAAACAUUCUGCUGAGGGCAACUGGAUCGAUGAAGCAACCAAGAGAGUGCCCAAGCUGAAGAAGCUGGAUGGUACUCCAGUAAUUAAGGAGGAUGAAGAAGAGGAAAGCUAAGGCUGUACUUUCCAUUUUGUGUUAAUUUAUUUAAAUGUUAUGAGAAAAAUAGAUAAGUUUUGUAUAAUUGUCUAUUUUAAAGAUUUUGUGGGGCAGAGUUCUUAAGAUAAAACACAUCUCUCACUUUCAUCCUUAAAAAAAAAACCAUUCAGUGUUUCUCCUUAAACUAGUACCACCAGCUUUAGUCCAGUCCACCUUCGGAAACUACAAAUGUCCUGGGUUUUUCCAGUCACAUAUGUCAGUUGUCUCCUAGGAUUUAUAGAUCAAUCAUUUUUAACAGGAAAGGGACCUGUUAUUUGUACUCAGUUGCUUAGUAUUUUUUAGCCCAGGCAUUUUAAAGAUAGAUUUUCCCAUUCAUAGAAGGUUGAGACCCUUAUAAUUCAGAAGCACAAAUGCAACACCCCAUUGCUUCAGAAGCAGCGUGGUGGUAGGACACAUUCCCAUUAGAACACAGCGGCACCGAGACGCAGGAGUCCAAUGCCUAAUUGGAAACCUUGGUCAGAAGAGGAAGAAUGGCUGUCUUGGAGUCUUCUUAACUCAUGGUCUAUUUUCUUCCUUUUCCAAAAAUGUGUGCACUGUCAACUGGAAUUUAGGUUGUGCUACAUGGAUGGCUGCUUAAGUCAUUGUGUACAACCAGACACCCCAUGGUCCCCAUCAGUGGCUAAGGCAACUGGCAGGAUUACCCCUUGAUAGUACUGCAGCUACAGCAGCUCUUGUGGACUUUGCUUUACGCAGAUUUUUAAAAAUAAUUUCUCAUGUGUUUAAAGCAGUAGUCAAUAGUCCUACAUAUCUACCCUUGAGAUUUCUAAAACCUUUACCCUAAUGAUUUACCCAGAUGCCCUUUGCUUUAUAGUUAUAAGGGCACACACUUACAGACUGAAUUUGGUACCUAUAAAUAAAUGGAACAGUAUUUCAAAAUUUAUUUUUGAAAGGAUCUAAGUGAAACAGCCUUUAAAGUGUAUCAUGUAAGUGCUAUGGAGGAAAGAGAAAGGUGUUUUGGGGUGGACCCCAGGCAAAUGGCAAUAUGUAGUAGAUUGUCUCCUGUGGAACACUGUAGGUGUCUAAACCUCAGACCUGCAAAGCAAUAGUUAAGUGUGAAGAUUAUAAUUUAUCAUGUAAGAAGAAUAUUCUGAAAGAUAUAAAAUGUCAUCAGCACCAGAUGAAGUCUCUAGUGGGCCAAGAUAGAAUCAUUGACUGAUUGCAGAGAAGUAGUCAGGAACCACUGCCAAAUUGUGCCUAAAGUCUCAGCCAGAGGCUGCCGACUCUUAUCCCUGAAAGUUAUCACAGGGAAGGGGGCAGGAUCCU